CGUAAUCACUCGGAAUUGCUACUAUUUUUAUCAACUAAUUUACUGAUUACGCCCAUAUGACUAGGCUGGAAGUAACGCGAUCUGCCCAUUCCAUCGCUGUUAGUGCGCACCGUACCAAUGUCUUUACUUCGAAGCAUAUCGUUCUAUCUGGUGCUAGCGUUAAAUCAAGUACCGGCGACCGUGUCACUGUCAGGGUACAAGUUCACCCCGUUCGUAACACAUGUGCAAGUGACGGAUAAUCCAAAAUUUUUAAACACGACCGUAGAAAUUAUAUCCACAAUCAAUGAGAACCGGAUGAACCUCGACUUUAAUGUGCUUCAGCCGAUCCACAAUCCACGCAUGAUGGUCGUCCUGUGGCUGAAUGUAGGUUCCGGUGCACUGCAGGCCCCGUUCUACAACCAAACGAUCGAUAUUUGCAGCCUUAUCAAAAACCCCGGCACGCAUCGGCUGGUGCAGAUCGUGUACCGGGAGCUGAGACGCCACGGAAACGUACCGACCGGAUGUCCGAUCGCGAGCAUGCUGUACAAGUUUCGGGGCAUUUCGACGAGCCAGAUGCGGUUGCCUGCGUUUUUUACGCAGACAGAUUUUAUGGUGGACAUUAUCGGUUUAACAGGGACGGGCGGGGUUCGCACGAUCGAGUCCCGUUGGUAUGGAGAGGUGAACAGAGUGAAGUGUAAUGUUGCAGCUCGUUGCUAA